AUGCGCGACCAACCAGGAGAGAACAAAUGGGCGGAUGUUGAUGUCAGCUACACUUCGGCUCUCUGGGAAGAGCGUGGUGUCGUCGCCAGCGAAGUAUUCAUUGUCCCCACCGUCGUGUCCGGCAAAGGCACUCGUCACCUCCUGUCCAUCACAGACCAAGGCAUCAGCGACCUCGGCGCCCAAGCUACCGACCUCGCCGACGAAGCCAAAACCGUCGACCACGAACAAACCGCCAUCAAGUUCGCUCUGCUCCAGGAGCACCGUUUCAAGCAGCAAUUAGAGCGGCGGGGGUUGACAGAGCUGUCGGCACGAAUCCGCGCGUUCCGCGUCCUCCAGGAUUUCGAGGCGUACGCGGCGUUGGUGGACCAGGCACACCAGCUGGCAGAGCAUUUGCUGGGCAAGUUCGGGCAGUUGCAAAAGGUGGCACAGCGCGUGCUUGCCGAGCAGGAGGAAAAGGGCGACGAGCUCACCCGGACGCCAGAAGCGGUCAAGAAGCUCACCAUCAGCAUGAAGUGCGUGGAUACCAUCUGGGCCGACAUCAUCUCGUCGUGGACGAAGCUCAAGACGUUGAGGAACGAGGUGCAGGAGGCGAAGGUGGCGUUGCCGCCGAUACGCCGAAGUGUGAGGGUUGUCAGAAAGGACGAUGAUGGUGUAGAAGAUGGAGAUGGAGAGGGCGAGGGCGAUGGCAAUGGCGAAGCAGCGCAGGAAGAUGCUCAGUAG